CCGGUUUAGACUCACGAUUGGCGCUUCCGGUUUUAAAUAUUGGAAAUUAUUCAGAUUAGUUUAAGAAUCUAGAUUUAGAUCUAGAUCUAGCUCUUGAUUUCUAAGCCCAAACACUGAUAAAGAUAGAAUCAUAUAGAUCUAGAAAAUCUAGAUCUAGGUAUAGAUCUAAAUUUAAGUAUAAAUUUAAAUCUUCCCGAGAUCAAGACUUAGACUUUAGACUACUGACUUAAUCUUGAAACAAUCGAAAGUAAAGUUAUUAAAGUAGAAUCUGAAUAUCACUCAGUAGUGACUCAGUGAUGAGAGUGACCAGUCAAGUCAGUAGACUACGUCCAAGGCAGCUAUGGAAAACAAAACCCGAAAACUUGCCAUCCUUUGUGAAAGAUUUUUCACACCUGAAGAGUUUGCUGCUUUGCCUGAGCAUGUAAAGCACCACCUGAGCAAAAUACCACAAAACUAUGAACUGCUAAAAAGUGUUGGUCUUAUACCCGAGACUUCUGAAUGUAAGCUUUUGGAAGUGGACAGUAAAGUGGAGCUAGACUCAUUGUCAGUUUGUGGUAACUCGGAUUUAGAAUGGACCCCAGCAUUAGAGGCUAUACCACCGGGUGGAGAGAGAAUGAAAACAAAGGUAUCAAGUGUUCUGUGUCAGCCUGACAAAAAUAAAGAGAAAUUUACUCUUAAGGAAGUUGACACACAAGAUAGAACAAGCCUGCCUUGUUUUCAACCAAAUUAUGCCUUGGAGGAAGAUCACAGUGACAGUGAUGAAAGUCUCUUUAGUCAAGAGAGCAACAUUAAACAAAUCAAAGAGUGUAUAGAACCUGGUUCUCUAAAUGUGUCAGAUUCACAGGUUCCACCAGACUGCAUCAGGGGCAAGGACAAAGAUUACUGUAGGAAAACUCUUCCCCCUGGGUUGGCUAUUAAAACAUCUGAUAUGCCUGAUGCUUGGCUUGGGAUUUUUGCCAAAAGAUUUUUUCCUGCUCAGACUAUUUUUGGGCCUUAUGUUGGGAAGAAUAAGAGCAUUGAACAGAUGGCACCUGACUCAAAGUAUUGUUGGCAGAUCUUCAAGGAUGGGAGUCCAUCCCAUUGUAUUGAUGGUAGUGAUACCUCCGAUUCCAAUUGGAUGAGGUUUAUAAACUUUGCACGAUGUGAAGAUGAACAGUAUGUCACAGCAUACCAACAUCAGGGUGAAAUCUUCUACAGGGCUCACAGGGACAUCCCAGCUGGCACAGAAAUACUGGUGAACUAUGAUGACAGUUAUGCCAGAGACCUGGGCAUUCAGGCAGAGAGGGCUAAUGCAGCUAGCGUGAACAGUUUGCCAAAUAUUGGGAACAAUAAUAAUGAAUCUUGAUUUAAGGACACAGCAAUUUCAUGCAGAUAAAAGACUAACAAGUGUCGCAAGUGUAUUAAAUGUUUGACCACUAAGGACUACACAGAAUAAAUACAAGACAAGUCUCACAAGUGAUAGAACUGGUGUUAAUUUACUCUAUUCUCCUUGAUUGAGAAUCAUGUCAUAUAUUUUCUUGUUCUUCUCUGAGUGUUAAGCAUCAUUUGUCACAUCA